AUGAGCGAGGCCGGGGCCGCGCUGCGGGGCUACAGCGCGGAGCUGCGGGACGGGCUGUCCGAGCUCCGCGCCCGGCGGGAGGAGCUGAACGGGCGGAUCCGGGAGGAGGAGGCGGAGCGGACGCGGCUGCAGGGGCAGGUCUGGGCGCUGAGCGAGCGGCUGGCCCGCACCAGCGAGAGCCUGGCCCGGCACCUGGCCGCGCGCAGCGAGCUGGACCGGACCAUCGCCGAGACCGAGGCGACCUACGGGCAGAUUCUGGAGAGUUCUCAGACAUUGCUAGAUGCCCUAAAGAAAGGAAUUGAGAAUGCUGGCAAAGCCAGUGAGCCACAAAGCACUUCAAAAGAAAAAGAAGAAGCAGCACAUGGACAAAAGCAUUACUGAACUUGUUCUUCAACCUGGAAAGUCCUGUUGGUCUGGGACAGCUGCUGUUCUGUUACAUUAAUGCCACAUUUAAUAAAAGUCUUUGUUUUGCAGAA